AAAGCUGAUCGCAUAGGUGCUAUCUACGUAAUGUAGUUCAUGUCUUCAAGCGUUUGGUCGCAGUUGUAGCUAUGGCGUGUUUAAGUUCGAGUAGGCUUUGUGCUCGUGUUCAGGAUAAGUUAAUGUGUCAAUUCGGACCUAAAGUUCGAAGACAGACUGUAUUUGUGAAACUCAAACCCCCCGGACCAUCUCCGUUGAGGAUAUUUGGAAAGACCUGUCAGAGAGUCACAACAUGCGGUCCAGCCUGCGGUUCUGCUGGCUCAGGAGCCGUGGCGGGUGCAGCCAGGCGGCUGGCCUCCAGCCUACAGAGCACGAGCACCGGCUCACUACCCGACUACGGCAAACAGAUCGUCGACCCUUAUCGUCUAUUAGAAGACGACCUUAACGGGAUAUACGAGGAUAUACGAUCAGAAUUGGAACGCAACACAAAUCAGCCAGAAUUAAACACCAUAGCUACAUACUACUUCGACGGACAAGGCAAGGCGCUCAGGCCCAUGGUGGCGAUACUAAUGGCGAGAGCUGUCAACUACCACGUAUAUGGAGAAAAUAGUGCGCUGCUGCCAUCACAGAGGCAAGUGGCCAUGAUCAGCGAGAUGAUCCACUCGGCGUCGCUGAUCCACGACGACGUCAUCGACCAGAGCGACUUCCGCCGCGGAAAGCCCUCCGUCAACGUGCUCUGGAACCAUAAGAAGGUGGCGAUGGCCGGCGACUUCAUCCUCGCCGUGGCGUCGAUGAUGAUAGCUCGCUUGCGCAGUGACGAGGUCACACUUGUACUCAGCCAGGUGGUCACAGAUUUGGUUCAGGGCGAGUUCAUGCAGCUUGGUAGCAAAGAGACUGAGAACGAGCGGUUCGCGCACUACCUCACUAAAACAUACAGAAAGACAGCCUCUCUUAUCGCAAACUCAGUUAAAGCGGUGGCACUGUUGAGCGGUGCGGAUGAGAGCACUAGCGAACUGGCGUUCCAGUACGGCCGCAACCUCGGCCUUUCCUUCCAGCUGGUGGACGACCUUCUGGACUUCGUGUCGUCCGCGCAGGCCAUGGGCAAGCCCACCGCGGCUGACUUACGACUGGGACUGGCCACCGCACCAGUACUUUUUGCAUGUGAAAAGUACCCUGAGCUGAACCCAAUGAUAAUGAGGCGGUUCCAAGAAGCUGGCGACGUGGAAAAGGCUUUCGAGCUGGUACACAAGUCGCGCGGCUUGGAGCAGACGCGCUUUUUAGCACGCAAACACGGCUUAGAGGCGGCACGUCUUGCGCACGAACUUGCUGACUCGCCCUACCAGAAGGGGCUUAUCGUGACCACCGACCUCGUGCUCAACCGCAUCAAGUAGCACCCCCCACAACCAGUAUCUAACGUCCUCUCUGCGGAGGUAAGGACUUUAGUUCUCGAGUAGUGCUACGUACGCCCUCAGUUUGGCAUCAGUCAAUCGAAGUGCGGGAACACUUAGGUAUAAAGCCGUCUUUACGUCGAGGAUAAUGCGCACUCAACUCUUCAAAAUGACUAUUGACACAAGAUCGAUGCUGGAAACGACGUUUAAUGUUACCGAUCGGUCUUCUGUCAGUCGGCUGAUGCGAAACUGAAACCGGCAUAAACAUUUACCGUCCCAUAGCGCAUCCGAAUAUCUGUGAAUACGGAUUUGAGCAUUGAGCAUGUCGUCUUAGAAGGAAGUUAUAAACGUGAGUCGCUUAUGUAAGGUAUUAAACCUAAUUUGAAAUCACAAUCACGGACUUUAGUAAUAUUAUUUGUGCAAAUUCUGAUAUAUAAACCUUGAACUAAAUUGACAGGAUUCAUUUUCAAGGACAGCAUGAUUUUUAAUCUUUUCCGUUUAGUAAAGGUUUGAGUUUGUAUGGAAACAGCUCCUUUGUAGAUUAAGCAGAAUGUCUGAAAUUAUUUUGUUGUUAUGUUAAAAAUUAAAGACUUUUGUUUUCUGCAUGAUAAUUAAUUUGCAUACAUGAACCACGAUUGCGAUAUACAAAAUAGUUUUAAACACUUUCUGUUGAUUCUGUAAAGUUUUAAACUUCUACUUUAGACGUAACAUUAGCGAAGUUUAACUAAAAGCCAAUAUUCUUCAAUCACAUGCUAAUUUACAGAAUCAGCAAAUUGUUAGUAAAAUAACGAGUUUUGGUAAAUCCUGAUGCGGUCCAGUAAAGUGAUUACUGAAGUAAGAGGCAUGAAAUACAGAGUAUUUGUCAGCUCCAAAAUGUACAUUUAAUAUACGAAUUGAAACUUCAAUGUAGAACUUAAUAGAGAAAAAUCAAUGCUCGUAUUAUAUUAUAUUAUAUUAUAUUUUUAAAAAUAUUUUAUAAUAAAUACAUUUAAUUUGUUGUAGUACCAAAAAACUUUAUGGGUACAUAAUGGACUUUAUAAAGCCACCCAAGGACUGUAUCUGUUUUCGUAUUGGAAUGAAAUCUUGGCCAUCAUCACUCUUAACGAAAAUCUAUCAAGUUCUUCUAAGGUAUAAGCGGGAGCUGAUAUAUGAAUUUCCAAGUACUUAAGAAGUCUACACAAUUCACAUGCUUAGAGUUUUCGAACGACUAAUAUGGAUACCUUUGAAAAGGUUAAGUGAAAUUUAAUACUGUCAUACAUUAAGUUUAUUAGAGUGAUUGAAAUAGCUAGACUAUCUUGUGUGCGUCUGUAGAAUAUUGUGUGUGUUUUGUAUGUAUGUAUGAGUGUGUGAGAUAUACGCAAUAUGAGACAAAUGUACUGAUGUAAAUAUUUUACAUCAGGAGCAACGAUGCAAAAUGCUCGUGCAAAUGUAUGUGCACUUGAGGUUAAACCCAUCACACGAUAUAAAUGAUUUAUUUAUUAAAUGUAUAAUUUUCUUAUUAUUUUUUUAAACUGUAAUAUUUCUUCCUUCUUUUAUGUGACCUGAUUUAUUUUAAGUUUUCUUUGAAUUUCGUGUUCAACGUUAACUAUUAUAUAAGAACAGUACGAAAAAGCCACUAAAAUAGAUUAAGCGUGUAUGUGACCACUCGUUACCAAAUACCGCUGUACAUAACUGUACAACAAUGUGCUCAAAUGUUAAAUAAAAUACAGGCCUACUUGCAUAUAGUAGACGAAAUUUGUAUAUAGGAAUAUUUUAGUUUUAUACCUUCGUACUUUUCUUUCUUAAACGUUGUGCAAUUUUUUUUAUAAUAGGUAUAGCAUAAUGAAGUAUAUGUGUGAGAGAACAAUAAAAUUAGUGUCGUUGACAGUCCCAUAGUGUUAGUAAGUACAAUAAUGCUUUUCCUACAGAACCCUUCUCAAAACUAAUGUUCAAAAAACCUAACGCUUUUCCACAUUUAAGAUAGUAAUUUUGACAGCUCACUGACAGUAGGGAUGAGUUAUUGUAUAAUCGUUAAUAAAACUAUUCGAUUGUCGAUUAUUAUUCUAAUAGAAUGUUGAAUCGAUAUCUGCAUGGUUAUGCUGUCUUUCAUAUUAUAAUACUUCUAAUAAAUUUAUAUGGCUUAAAAUACCGCCCACCAUGAUGGUGUGUAUUUUUACUUAAAGAUCAAUUCUCGGUAGUCUGUGUUUGUUCGAUAAAUCUGACAAUUUAGUAAAUCGGCAUCCAUUAAUAAAGUGCGACGUUAUCUGUAGUACAUUUACCGGAAAAAAUACGAAACUACUUUUGUCUGGUUCUGGAUCAUUAUGAGUACUUAUUUAACAAUGUUACACUGUGAAGGACUAUCGACGCAGUUAUAUCCAAGAAUUAUUAAAACAAUAUAAUAAACAACACGGUUCCCACUUAGUGUUUGGCUAUAUGUCGUCAGGGCUUGACACCGCUGGUUUUAAUUGAUCGGAAAAUGGUGUUUAGUUACCGGUCAAAAGAGUGUUUUUCUUUUUACCGAUUAAUUGAUUUUGACGUAUUCUCAGGACUGUAAUGAUGCCUGCUUUUAUGCUUAAGAAAACUAAAUAAGACUGUUUAAGUCACGAUUUAAAGAUAAAGGCGUUGAUGCGUUUCUUUUUGCUAUUCCACGUGUUGUUUGAUAAUAAUCUGCGCAUUUCUCCUCCCAAUCGCAUAAUGCGCGUAAAAUUACAAUAGCACCAAACAUUUUUAGUUCCGUUAGCCGAUUGAUUUUAGUUAAUUGAGCGAAAUCAAAUUAGAAACCGAAAACUCAACCGAAAAGAUUCGGAUAACAAGUUUAGUGACCGAACGAGUCAAUUAUUAUUUCCCGUUUUCAAGCCCUGCCGGUUGUCAAACGUCGUACCUACUUUAAACUUUGUAAAUAUCCGAUUCAUUGGUUAAGUAAACCGUGUUUUAAUCUUCAAAACCAAUUACCUCAGUUUCUUUAGUAUACACGGGCGUUUUAGGGGUGUAUAUGUGUGGUCUUACGUAGUAUUAAAUUGUUAGUUCGGUACGUGCAAGCACAAUAUUGUUCAGUCGAAAUUAGUACACAAGUUCAUUAUAUCAACAUUAAAUUAAACCAGUUAUAAGCUAUUAAUUGUAAAUACGAAAUAUAUAAGAUAUUCUGAAUAACGGGAAAGAAGUAUGAUCAAGGUAUAAAGAAUAGUUUUGUUUAACUUGUAAUGUUAGUUAAUGAGGUGUUUGUAUCAGCAGAUAACUUUAAAAUAUAAUAGAUAUUGUGUAAGUAG